CCAUCCCCGGCUCCUGCCGCUCCCCUCGCUUCCGCCGCCCGCCGCCGCGCGCCGCCCCUGACAGGGACAUGAACCAGCCGGUGCAGAAGAACACCCUCUACGUAGGUGGGCUGUCGGAGGAGGUGGACGAGAAGAUCCUGCACGCGGCGUUCGUGCCGUUCGGGGAGGUCAAGGACGUCAAGACGCCGCUCGACCAGGCCACGCAGAAGCACCGCUCCUUCGGCUUCGUCACCUUCCUCGAGCGCGAGGACGCCGCCGCUGCCAUGGACAACAUGGACGGGGCCGAGCUCUUCGGCCGCGUCCUCACCGUGAACUACGCCUUCCCCGAGCGCAUCAAGGGAGGGGAGCAGGGCUGGGCUGCGCAGCCAAUUUGGGCCGAUGCGGAUACUUGGUUUGAGAGGCAGCAGCAAGAAGAGGAAAUGAAGCGCCUUCAGGCAGAGCACAGCGCAGCAAUGAAAGAAGCAGAAAAGCUUCACAGGGAAAAAGUAGCUGCAGAAAAAGACGGGGAAAAGGAUGAAGCAGAUCCGAUGGCUGCAGCUGAAGCUCAGGCCGUGAAACAGAGCUCUUGAAUCCUCGGAUACUAACGCUGGGACAAGUAAUAUAUGCAUGUUGCAUCCAGCAAGUACAUGGUCUUCUCAGUCAGUCAGUGUAACUGGCUUGUUGUUUUCUGCCAGUGAACUUUCUUUGUGAGCUAGCUAAUCCUAUUUGUUGAAGAGAUCUGAGCAUGUAGCUCUAACCUGCAUUUUUUUUUGGUACCGUAAGAUGUUCUGUGUUUAGUUAUGCUGUCACUGAUGGUUGGAUUAAACCAUUUUCACAUCAUACCUACUGUACCUGGAGAUUUGUUUUGAGCUAUGGAGAUGAUUCAUAUGGUUGUGCA